AUGGGUGAUAUGGUUACUCCACUGGACCGACGGGUUCCGCAUCCCCUAGAACAACUGUCAAUCGGCGAGUGUAACACUGCACGAGAUGUUAUUCUUUCCACACAUGGAGUCUCUGUAAUUGAUUUCCGAACUAUCAAUCUCGAGGAGCCACCGAAAUCUUUACUGCAACCAUUUCUUGAUUUAGAAGCGGAAGGUCGUAUACCAAAGCCAGAUGCUUAUCCACCCCGCUUAGCCCGAGUUGCUUACGAUGUUAUAAGCGAGAAUAAGGUCUUUGAAUUUUAUGAAUCUGUCGUCGAAUUGGUUACGGGAGCAGUGAAGGUUAAGGAGCUUAUAGAUGCUUCUCAUCAAGCACCGUUGGUCAUACGGGAAUUUGAUCACCUCGUGGAAGCGGUAUGGGCAUCAAAAACUUUUCAGGAUGCAAUGGCCGAAUUUAGCAUUCCAGACGGCUUCGAGGUAAUAGUUGAGCCUUGGCCUUAUGGAGGCAGGGACCCGGACGACGAAGAUAAACGAUACUUUCAAGGAUUAUGCUUUGCUCAAGACAAGCGCUCUGGGAACCCAGACUCCAACUUCUAUGCCUAUCCACUUCCACUCAUACCAGUCAUGGAUGCGCGGACGAAAGAGAUUGUCAGAAUUGAUCGCCUUGGUACUGGUGGGAAGCAAGACGGACUGGCAAAGGGUACCCAUAACAAAGAGAUUAUCAAGCAUUGCAAAGGUGCGGAAUACGUGCCCGAGCUUCUCGAAAACGGAUCACGGAAAGACCUGAAGCCGUUGGACGUUAUCCAACCUGACGGACCUUCAUUCACGGUUACCGAUGAAAGUUUGGUCGAGUGGCAGAAGUGGAGAUUCAGAGUUGGGUUCAAUCCGCGUGAGGGUGCCACUAUUCAUGACGUCCGAUAUGAAGGAAGAAGUAUUGUUUACCGAAUGGCAAUAAGUGAGAUGACUGUCCCGUAUGCUGAUGCAAGGGCUCCCUUUCAUCGAAAGCAGGCUUUUGACUUUGGCGAUGGUGGUGCUGGAACGUGUGCCAAUAAUUUACAGCUAGGCUGUGACUGCUUAGGUCACAUAAAAUAUUUUGACAGCGUCAAUGUGGCCGCCGAUGGGACAGCGACUGAGCAACCGAACAUAGUCUGUCUUCACGAGCAGGAUAACGGCAUCGGGUGGAAGCAUACCAACUGGCGCACAGGACGAGCUGUUGUAACGAGACAUCGUGAGCUGGUUGUCCAGUUCAUCAUUACCCUGGCGAAUUACGAGUAUAUUUUUGCAUACAAGUUCGACCAGGCAGGUGGCAUCGUGGUGGAAACAAGAGCUACUGGGAUCGUCAGUGUUGUCAAUAUCGAUGAGGGAAAAACAUCGAUGUAUGGGAAUGUCGUUUCGCCGGGAGCCAUGGCUCAGAAUCACCAACAUAUCUUUGCCGUUCGAGUUGAUCCGGCUAUUGAUGGCCCAAACAAUACCAUCGUGCUUGAAGAGUCACACCCGGUGCCAACCUCUUCCGAUCGCAACCCCGCAGGUAAUCUGUAUGAAGUUCGGCAAACUCCAAUCAAGGAGUCUGGCGGCCACGAUGCAGCGCCAGAACACAAUCGUAUCGUCAGGAUCAUGAAUCCUAAUAAGACCAAUCCUAUCUCGGGCAAACCGGUAUCCUACAAGUUCAAGCCUCCCCCAACUCAGAAACUUCUCGCCCAGCCGGGCUCGAUACAAGCUCGUCGGGCGACAUUCACACAACAUCACGUUUGGGUUACUAAGUACAAAGAUAACGAACUUUACGCCGGCGGUCGUUACACGCUUCAGUCUCGAGAUGAAGUCGAUGGUGUCGCCGACGCUGCCAAACGUGCUGAAAAUGUGGAGAAUACCGAUGUCGUUCUCUGGAGCGUAUUCGGGCUUACACAUAACCCUCGAGUGGAGGAUUGGCCGGUUAUGCCAGUUGAGAUUUACCAACUACAUUUCAGUCCAGGUGACUUCUUCACGGCUAAUCCAGCGAUCGAUGUUCCUAGUCAGAGAAAUCUGAGUAGCACGCUACAUCAAAAGAAAAAGGGGAAUUGUUGUGCAAAAUAA